AUGUUUCUUCCCACUAUAAUGGGACAAGGAACAAUCGAACAACAAGCUCAUUGGAUUUCGAAAGCCUGGAAUUGCCAAAUUCUUGGUACUUAUGCACAGACUGAAUUAGGCCAUGGAACUUUCAUUAGGGGAUUAGAAACUACUGCUCACUAUGAUCCAAAGACUGAAGAGUUUGUUCUCCACUCUCCAACUCUUACCUCAUAUAAAUGGUGGCCUGGUGGAUGUAUUAUAAUUGGAGAAAUUGGAGGUAAACUUGGUAUGAAUGGAACUAACAAUGGUUACCUUGGGUUUGAAAAGGUUCGCAUACCAAGGGAACAAAUGUUGAUGAAGAAUGCUAAAGUUCUAAAGGAUGGAACAUAUGUGAAAUCACCUAGUGACAAGCUGACUUAUGGAACUAUGAUUUUUGUGAGAGUCGCUCUUAUCAAGGGAGUAGCAGCUGCUUACCUGAGCAAAGCUGUUACCAUUGCAACGAGGGAACCAGAACCUAUAAUACUUGAAUACAAGACACAGCAGUACAAGAUAUUCCCACAUAUUUCCUCAUCACUCGCCAUGGUAUUUGCUGCUAAAUGGAUUUGGGAUAUGUACAACAAUGUAUCUUCUGAGUUAGAGCAGGGUGAUCUAGAGAGACUACCUGAAUUACAUGCAUUAUCUUGCUGCUUGAAAGCUAUUUGCACAGCUGAUUCUGCUCGAGCCAUAGAUGAAUGUAGAAGAGCAUGUGGAGGUCAUGGGUUCAUGACUUGUUCUUCUUUACCUACGAAUUACGGCAUGGUAACCGCUGCUGAGACAUAUGAGGGAGAGAACACAGUAAUGCUUUUGCAGACUGCAAGAUUUUUAAUGAAGGCAUGGCAGAAAGUUAUUGAUCAUCAACCAUUAGCGCCAACAGUGAAAUAUUUGGAAAGGCAUUCAGAGCGUCGCUUGCCGUGGACUAAUGAUCUUACUUCUCUCGUCACUGCUUAUGAACAAGUUGCUAUGGGAUUGACAAAGGAUGUGACAGAAUUAGUCAAUAAAGAUGUAGCAAGUGGUCACAUUCAAGAAGAUGUUUGGAACCGUUAUUCCAACAGACUCGUUGUUGCUGCAGAGCAUUCAAAUGUAAGAAGCACUGAUGUACCCAGCUUGAUGAAUUGGCAAGAAAAAUUACUCGAGGAAAUCAGACCGAAUGCGGUCUCGUUAGUAGAUUCAUUUGACAUCGAUGAUGAAAUUCUCUCUUCUCCACUUGGAGCUUGGGAUGGAAAUGUGUAUGAGCGACUGUUCGAAGAAGCAAAGCGUAGUCCGCUAAAUGCAAAGCCAGUCAAUGAUUCUUUUCAUAAAUAUCUUAAACCUUUUCUCAAUUCCAACUUAUAA